AUGGACGCGGAGACAGGGGCCGUCCUGGCCCUGCAGAUCAUGGCCCUGUGCUCCAUCGUCGGGGCACUCCUGGCAUACCUGGUGAAACAGUCGAGAAACUCCACGGAGGAGUUCGAGAUGCGAGGGAGGCGGCACGUCCUGGUGACAAGUUGCGAAACCAGCAUAGGAAUGCAGAUUGCACUUGCACUUUCGGAAGCGGGAUACAAGGUGUUUGCCGGACUGCUGGACCCCAGUGGAAAUUCUGCAUCGGCCAGGAUCUUACGAGCCAUGCAGCUCCGCCGCGAGCGGGAAAAAGACGUCGUUCCCCUGGAGGGGCAGGAUGCACAGGAAGGACGUGCUCCAGGACAAAUCGUGCCACUGGAGCUGGACGCGACUCGCGAGGACAGUUUGCACGCCUGUUUGGAUGCAGUUAGGGCCAAACUUCCGGCCGGCGAAGAUGGACUUUGGGCAGUGGUCCACACCGGAGGCUUGGCUUUGCCGGGCAUAAUCGAGCGACAAUCCAGCUCGGCAUGGGAAUCGAUGUUGCGACACAAUCUGGUUGCACCUUUGCGAACAGCCAGGGUCUUCAUGCCUCUAUUACGCUCGAAGAAAGGUCGCAUCGUCCUUCUCGGAGAUUCGGAAACCAGCUUCGCCACGAAAGCUGGAAUGGGAUUGGUCGGCUACGGAGCUUCCCGAAGAGCAGUCGAAGGUGCUGCAGAGGCAUUAAGAAGCGAGCUUCUCUCUUCAGGGGUCGACGUUGUGCUGUUGAAGCCGCCCCCUGUAAACCCCGUCGUUCUCUAUGCUCCGCCUGUUCUAAAAACGGCGGAAGCGGGAUCGAGCUCACCACCAAAGGAAGGCACUUGGACGGCUCCAUUGACAACACAAGCUGUCCAGAAUUCGUUGAUACCGGCGUUGACAACGUCGAGUCCUUUGGCCGCGUACAACAUGGCCACGAAACCAAGGAUUUUCUGUCGAUAAAAUUCGAGGCUCCGAAAAGGACACCGGAAGACGUCGAACGGCGUCCCAUCAGAGCUCAAAGAAUUGUAUUAUAUGUAAUUAAGCGCAUCCGUAGUAUAGUGUAAAAUAUUUAACGUAAGACUCGUCGCACAUUCGACGACAGACUUCAGAAACCGUGCCAAAAUUUCCUGCGAGUACUCUCAGCCCCGAGCUGCUUGAUUUAGGGGAAAAUUGUUGAAAGACGUCGAUUAGGAUUUAAUUUUUGGGCUUUCUCGAAGGCGCCACGCCAAAUCUAGGCUAGGGCUUAAUUCCAGUGUAAACGAGUUAACGAAUUAAUUUAUCAAACCGUCUGUUGCCCUCUUUUCGUACCGGUGACGAUUAAAUCUCGAUCAAAUUCUCGAAAGUCCUAGUUGGAAGUAAAUGUUCGAAAGCUCCAAAAGUGUCCAGGUCUCUUCGCGAGCUUUUCGUUUCAGAUUGAGAUUCGCCGAAGUUUUCGUCCUUUCGAGAGGCGGGCUCGAAACUUACGUUUCAGGUUAAUCGGAGGGUGCACCGGCACUUUCCUCCACUUUUAUAAUCCACCCCAGUUAAUAAUGCAAGCUUCUUGGUGGGCUGUCCAAGAAUUGGCGAUACACCGCGAAAUUGAAAUUCGAUCGCCGAUAGCCAUCGGUCGAUAAACGCGAGCUUUCGGGAUUGUCGCAAUUCAGGGCACUUCACAAGUUCGAGGGAGACUGAAGAAUCUCUCCAAACUUCACCGGCCACCUCUUGUCGUCCUCUUGGACCUUUAAUUAUAUUUCCUCGGACUGCUCAAUAAAAUUCGACUCUGACUUCAGCCGGGAAAUGUAUAUCGACACUCGGACCCCGUUCUCCUCGAUUUAUCGGUCAUUCUCUUUUCUUUCUCCGUUCGUAUAUAUUAAUCCUCGAUAGCAUUUUAUUUAUAAUAGUGUCGAAAUUUUAACCCUACUCUAAAUCUGCGGAGCAAGUAAGCCUUCCUUUGAUAUCCCAUUUCACUCAAGUCCUAUUUUCGACCUGAUACGUCCUACUUAAUAUAAAUUUAAAAAAUGAUAUAAUGCGAAAUUUGCAAACGUCAACCUUCUGGGAUAAAUUGGCAAUUAAUAUACAAUUUGUAAAUUAAUUUCGCGAAGGUGUGGUGCAAGAAAAAGGUGCUACGUUAAGUUUUGCCGGAAGAAUGAAAUGUGGUGUAGAAAAAGAGUUAAGGUGAUUAAAAGUCGCAUCUGUGUGGUCACUUGUUUAUAAAACUCCUCUGUAAACUUGGUGUACCGAAUUAUUUAACAUUUUACCAUGUGAGUAUGGUGGUCCUAAGAAAGGUUCCGGCACUCAGGAAAUUUCAUUUUCUCUUCAAAAUUACCAAAAUGUUUAUAGACAAAUUUAAAAAAUGAAAUUUCAUGGGUAUCAGGACUUGCCUUAGAGAUUUGAUGUUCAUGUGGUAAAAUCUCUAAUUAUUCGGUACACUCAGUUGGGGAAAACUUAAAAGCGAGAUCCUUCACUUUCGUAUCACCUUAAGACUUAAAUGGGGACCUCGAUUGUAUCGAAGUUAUCCUUCUUAAAAUUAUCUCAAAACCCAUUUAAGAUCUACAAUUACUCAUUCCAAUAAUCAAAAUUUCGAGCCAGGCACCUCCUACGUGUACGUACGAUAGAGCAAAAUAAAUUCGUCGGUUUUUCAGUCUGG